CUCGCCUCAGCACCAGCACGGAUAUUAGCCGGCGCUGCGCAGCAUCCAAUCAAACAGCAGCGAUAAGUGGCCAAUUGGAAUGUGCAUUACAUCUGUGCGCUGGGGACCGCUUACAUUGAGGGAUGCGGGCGGCUCAUUGAUCAGAGUCCAGCCAGAGAGCAGCAGCCGCCACCGCCCGACGUGUCCCCUCCCGAGCCAGUCAGUCCAGCAUGUCCGCUCAGGUCGCCUCCGUGUUCGGCAGGUGCACACACGCCAUAGUCCGCGCCAUCCCCGACUCCCUGAGCCAGCAGGCGCUGCGCAUCGCGGACAGCGGAGAGGUGGACACAGCCAGAGCCCGGAGGGAACACGAGCUCUACACCCGGGUCCUGAGAGACAAGCUGGGGCUGCAGGUCAUCGAGCUGGAGGCGGACAGCUCCAUGCCGGACGCUCCCUUUGUGGAAGACAUCGCUGUAGUGCUGAAUGAGACCGCCCUGGUGACCAGACCUGGAGCAGCCAGCCGGAGGAAGGAGGUGGAAGGUGUUAAGAAAGCUUUGCAAGACCUGCAGCUGAAUGUUGUUGAGAUGACAGACGAAAAUGCGACGUUGGAUGGAGGCGAUGUUUUGUUCACAGGACGGGAGUUCUUUGUCGGGUUAUCAAAAAGAACCAAUCAACGAGGUGCAGAAAUACUGGCUGAUACCUUUAAGGAUUAUGCGGUUUCCACAGUCCCCGUGUUGGACAAUUUGCAUUUAAAAAGCUUUUGCAGUAUGGCCGGACCAAACCUCAUCGUCAUCGGUUCCAGCGAGCCUGCACAGAAGGCUCUGAAGACUAUGCAGCAAAUGAGUGAUCACCGUUAUGAUAAGCUGACUGUCCCCGAUGAUGCGGCUGCAAAUUGCAUCUACUUGAACAUACCAGGAAAAGGCCAUGUACUAUUACACAGAGCACCCGAGGAAUACCCAGAAAGUGUCAAGGUGUACGAGAAGCUGAAGGAACACAUGCUGAUCCCCGUAGCCAAUUCCGAAUUAGCCAAAGUGGACGGGUGUCUGACCUGCAGCUCCCUACUGAUAAACAAGUCACCUGACCUCUGAGACGAUGGACUCCGCCAUGCCUACGGCAUCGGUUCAAUCCUGUGGCCACUACUGUAAUGCCCUUUAAUCUGACAAUCUACCACUAAGCUACUAAUACUAAGCGACACAUCUUGUGAUAAAAAAAAUAAUUAAAAAAUCUAGGGCUGGAUUUUGAUUACUAGAUCAUUUUAUUCUAUCACUUUCUAUUCAUCUAUGAACGCCUUAAAUUCAUGAACACAAGAGCCUGUUUUGUAAUUUCAGUAUUAAUAAAUAUUCAUCAUUAUACAGCA